GGAUGGUUGACUGGCUGGGUGGUGAUGGGGGACAAUGAUCAAGUAGUGUGAGGAAUGAGAGGAGAGAGUCAUCAAGUACUCGUCGUCAUUUGUAGUGUCGGGGAGUACGUGAAGGGGGCUCAGCGAAUCGAUUCACUGGUGAGGCUUUUUUCGCGGUGGGUGCACUUGAUCCGUGGCUUUUAGCGCAUAAGGAGACUCCGUGGGCGCAGAUGUGGCCAAGACUUUGCGAGAGAUAUUAAAGCUCCAUCAAGACAUGGGUUCUGGAUGCUGCAACUGUUCCAUGCCUGCUGUAUUCACACUGCAAUUAAUCCAGCAGUCAACAGCAGGAAUCUGGAACCUGACUGCACCCACUCGCAAUUGUGUCAUGGACUUGAAUUUUGUCUUUGAAGAGUAAAACUCUACACCUGGAUUUGAAAACGACUGGACUGGAUCGAAAAAGCUGUACACUGACUAUGAGACAGUUUUUGCACCAGAGUUUUGGGCCCUCAGGGACUUUCUGAUUACCAUUCCCCAUUCUCCUUCUGGUACCAAUCACAAAAACACAUCAGAGAAGUUUUAGGAAUUGCACCUUCAACUGAACUCAAUUUUAUUAGACCGAAACCGUACAACAAACACGACAACAAAGGGAUGAGAUACAAAAACUGUGUCCCGCACAGUCAGCCUAUCCAAUGGCAGCUCCAUAUCAGUUACAGGUACCUUAAAUUUCGCAUCACCUUUCCCAAGGGUGCUCCCAACUGGGCCAUCCCACUUCUGACAUCAUUUGUCACAGAACUCCACCUUUCGGAGCUCAUCCAACAUGUUUAGAUGAGUGCAUACUGACAUGUCCAGAGAGGAUUUUUGAGAAAAUGUGCAGUGUAGCAUUCAUUUGAACUGAUUUUCAAUAUGGAACAUGAACACUUUUCAAGUAGGAAUUACACUCAUGGAUAUAUUAAGCUCCUCUCAUUGUGUUGCCGCAUACAUCAUGUGAUUGCAACAUAAUGGGUCAUUCAGCAGCAACAUCUUUCACACUGUGUAUUGUCAAGGCUGACUACUUCCAUUUAUGACAUGUGCUAAUGUCCUCCUCCACCUGGGGUGAAAUCUAAAACAAAAGCUGUGCGCUGUGGUCCAACAGAGGCUGCCUACAAACUCUGCUCGGCAUCAUUGUGGUACUGGCACAGAUGGUGCCUGUGCUGCACAAAAUGACACCUGCUCAUCUGACUCAAAACUGCUCCAACUGCAGCCAGGUGCUGACUCCGGAACUCAGUGUGGUCAAGGCUGUUGUUCUGGGCUUGGUGCUGGGCGUCUUCAUCGUGUUUGGAGUAGUUGGGAACAUCCUGGUUAUCCUCUCAGUAGUUUGCCACAGACACCUGCGUACAGUGACUCAUUAUUUCAUCGUUAAUCUUGCGGUAGCAGACCUGCUUCUGAGCUCUACGGUACUACCCUUCUCUGCCAUAUUUGAGAUCCUGGACCGGUGGGUGUUUGGACGGAUCUUUUGCAAUGUUUGGGCAGCUGUUGAUGUGCUCUGCUGCACAGCCUCAAUAAUGAGCCUGUGUGUGAUAUCUGUGGAUCGCUACAUUGGGGUCAGCUACCCGCUACGUCAUCCAGCUAUAAUGACAAAGCGCAGGGCCCUGCUGGCUGUCAUGCUGCUGUGGGUGCUGUCAGUCAUCAUAUCCAUCGGCCCUCUGUUUGGCUGGAAGGAGCCGGCCCCGGAUGACGAAUCCAUCUGCAAGAUCACGGAGGAGCCGGCCUACGCUAUCUUCUCCGCUGUGGGCUCCUUCUACCUCCCCCUGGCCAUCAUCCUGGCAAUGUACUGCAGGGUGUAUGUGGUGGCCCACAAAGAGAGCCAGGGCCUGAGGGAGGGUCACAAGACAGAGAAGUUGGAUUCAGAGUUUGUUAUCCUCAGGAUCCAUCGAGGCAACACAACUGCAAGUGACGACGAGGCCCUUCGCAGUCGUACGCAUUUUGCCCUGCGAUUGCUCAAGUUCUCACGGGAGAAAAAGGCCGCCAAGACGUUGGGCAUUGUCGUGGGCUGCUUUGUACUGUGCUGGCUGCCUUUCUUCCUGGUCCUCCCCAUCAGCUCCAUCUUCCCUGCUUACAGACCACCAGAUACAGUCUUCAAGAUCACCUUCUGGCUGGGCUACUUCAACAGCUGCAUCAACCCCAUCAUUUACCCAUGCUCCAACCAGGAGUUUAAAAAGGCCUUCCAGAGUUUACUGGGAGCUCACUGUCUAAAAGCUAGUCCAAGGCAGCAUCAUUAUCAACAUCAUCAUCAUCAUCAACUGGCUGUGGGCCACAGUCAAAUGCACGUCCACAACCAGCCACUGACUUUGAACCUUGCUCACGUUGGGGCAUCCGAGCGCCUCAGCCCCUCCUCUCCUGUUGACCGGUCCAGGACUCCGUCCUCUCGGGAUAGCAGGGAGUGGAAUGUUUUUUCAGAUGAUCCCACUGGGGGAACCAGACCAGCAGACAAAAGCAGAAAAGUGGCCAAACUUUGCAGUAAAAGCUUCCAGCGGACCUGCUGCUGCGUCCCAAGUGGUGGGAGUCCCCCGCAGGCAAAUUGCACACACACCCCUCCGGUGGGAAAACUUCCCACCAUUAAAAUCCAUCAGUUGUCCUUGUCGGAUAAAGGGGAGCCUGUAUAACCACUGUAUUUUCACACGAGAGCAUAUUUAUUGAACUGAGCCAGCAGUGGAGCCUUUUUUAAACUUCCACUAUUUUGGGUCUAGAACUAAAAUGUCACUGUUGGAGGAAGAGGCAAUGAUGUUUAAUACUUUGAACUUUGUUUUGUGUAAAUGUAUCUUGUGUGCGCAUUACACAGUGAACUACUGAAUAACGUGACAAUGUUUGUUUUGUUGCAUGAUUAAUAAUGCAGGUCAGCGGUGCUCCAGUUAUCCCAAAAGUUUUCUGAAAUAAAUCUUGUGUACUUCCAUGUCACAUGACAAUAAAUUUGUAUUUGCCGUGCAAGGUUUUCAUGCUAACAUUUGUGGACGCAUUUAUAUCCAAAACAAAUAUUGCCCAUCCAAAAGUGACGCCCCAUUCAUCUCUCCGCAUAUUCUCACAAAAUAUGCACAAAUUGGUGCACCUCCUUCUAUGCAUGUGCAAUACGGAAGUCUUAAUACACUCAUGUGGAAUUUCACUGACCUUGUGGUUGCUGACCUCAAUCCUGGCCCCAGCCCCCAAGCCUCUUAAAAAAA